GAGAGAGAGAGAGAGUUUCAGAGCAGUAAAUCAUCCGUCAGCGUCCGGUUCACUCGAAAUGUACAUCAGAUCUGUGGAGAUAACAUCAUCCUGCUGGGAGUUUGCUGAAAGUCGGAAGGAAACUCCAUUACGUGGAUAUGAAUUUUAAAACCCAUCAUGUGACACUUUGGACUGCUCAAUGGAGAUGACUACGAUACUCACCGCGACAAACAGCCAAGGAAAAAGAAUUCUUCAGGAACGUUCCGAACCCAACGUCACAAGUCUUCUGAACGCGUCCGCUCCCUUCCACCAUCACAUGAGCAAUGCGGUGCUGGGCGUUCUGCUCGGCACACUGUCCCUUCUGACCGUCAUCAUGAACCUGCUGGUGCUUUUUGCCGUUAGAAAGGAACGGACUUUACACACGGUGGGGAACCUGUACAUCGUCAGCCUCUCGAUAGCGGACCUCAUUGUCGGGGCGACAGUCAUGCCCUUGAAUCUGGUCUACCUUCUUGAGGACGAGUGGAAACUGGGUCGCGUUAUUUGCCAGUUCUGGCUGGUCAUGGACUAUGUGGCGAGCACGGCCUCCAUUUUCAGCUUGUUCAUCCUUUGCUUGGACAGGUACCGCUCCGUACGCCAUCCCUUACAUUAUUUGAAGUAUCGGACACGUGGUAGAGCGACGCUGCUGAUUUGUAGCGCGUGGCUGCUCUCCAUGACCUGGAUCGUUCCCAUCCUGGGCUGGAGGAUGUUCGCUCAGGUCGACAGGAAGCCAGAGAUGGAGAACCAGUGCGACACGGACUUCCGCUUCGUGACCUGGUUCAAAGUUCUGACCGCCAUCCUCAACUUCUACAUUCCCUCCUUCCUCAUGCUUCUGUUCUACUCGCAGAUUUUCAUCGCAGUCCGCGAUCAUUACAGAGAGUGGGAGAACUUUGCCGGUCCGAUGGUGAAAACAGAAACAGACGACACGUUACAGAACGGCAUGCAGCUGCAGAUAACCAAAGCCUCGGAGAGAGAGAGUCUGGCUUCACAAGCGUAUUCUCAAAACGAGGGCCUGCUGGAUCAGUACAGUUUGGAGCAGGCUUACAACUCGAGGGACAAUAACGAGGACAAUACCGAUUCCUUGACUGAGACCGAGAGGAAGAGCUGCUACAAGAAGAAACCGAUGUUCAGCCUUUCGAAGCGCAUGAGAAAGAGCGUGCAAGACUCCAACGAGAUUUCAUUUCAGAGCGACGAUGGGGAAACUGUUGCCGAAGGCCCGCCGCCAUUAUCUCUCGCCUUCCUGCAGUCCGAGAAUGACCCUCAGCCCAAAACCUUCAUGAAUGCGAACAACUGUAACGUGUUAGUGCCAAACUCUGUCGGUAACAGUUGUGAGAAUGCACCGACUGUGGAUGUUCACUGCAAUCACAGCACUCCAGCGACCCCGCCGUCGCCCUGGGCUGAGAACAGCCCUCCGCUGGACACACACCCGGUCAAACAGACGUGGCAGAAGCUCUGUGAACAGUCCAAGCAGAGCAUCCACAGCAUGCGCAUCCGGAAGGAGCGGAAAGCCGCCAGGCAGCUCGGCUUCAUCAUUGGCGUCUUCAUGGUGUGCUGGAUCCCGUACUUCAUCACCUUCAUGGUCAUGGCUUUGUGUGAGACCUGUGUCCAUCAUGACCUUCACAUGUUCACAAUUUGGCUUGGGUACAUCAACUCCACCCUGAAUCCCUUCAUAUACCCGCUGUGCAAUGAGAACUUCAAAAGGGUGUUCAAAAAGAUAUUUCAUAUUAACAGAUAAAGUUUAGGAGAAAAACU